CGGAUCUAGCCCCUGCCCCGCGGUCCCCCUCCUACGGCUAUAUAUAUUUCUCCCUGCCCCCGGACGCCCCGUCGCCCUCCGCCCGCCCCACAACCACUCUCUCCUCGCCGCCACACUCCUCACUCCCCACUGCGCUUUCUCGUCGCGCUCGCCACUCAGAGAAGAUGAGGGAGAUCCUGCACAUCCAGGGUGGGCAGUGUGGAAACCAGAUUGGUUCCAAGUUCUGGGAGGUGGUGUGUGAUGAGCAUGGCAUCGACCCCACCGGGCGGUAUGUCGGCACCUCUGACCUGCAGCUGGAGCGUGUCAACGUCUACUACAAUGAGGCCUCAUGUGGUCGCUUUGUGCCCCGUGCUGUCCUUAUGGAUCUUGAGCCGGGCACCAUGGACAGUGUCCGUACUGGACCGUACGGGCAGAUCUUCCGCCCUGACAACUUUGUGUUUGGGCAGUCUGGUGCUGGUAACAACUGGGCCAAGGGUCACUACACCGAGGGUGCUGAGCUCAUUGACUCCGUUCUUGACGUUGUCAGGAAGGAGGCUGAGAACUGUGACUGCCUUCAAGGUUUCCAAGUAUGCCACUCUCUUGGUGGUGGUACUGGAUCAGGCAUGGGGACCCUUUUGAUAUCAAAGAUCAGGGAGGAGUACCCUGACCGCAUGAUGCUUACGUUCUCUGUUUUCCCCUCACCGAAAGUAUCUGAUACUGUGGUUGAGCCUUACAAUGCCACUCUUUCGGUCCAUCAGUUGGUUGAGAAUGCAGAUGAGUGCAUGGUUCUUGACAACGAGGCCCUUUAUGACAUCUGUUUCAGGACUCUCAAGCUGACCACUCCCAGCUUUGGAGAUUUGAACCAUCUGAUCUCUGCCACCAUGAGCGGAGUGACCUGCUGCCUGAGGUUCCCCGGCCAGCUGAACUCCGACCUCCGGAAGCUGGCGGUGAACCUGAUCCCCUUCCCGCGUCUCCACUUCUUCAUGGUCGGGUUCGCGCCGCUGACCUCGCGCGGCUCCCAGAUGUACCGCUCCCUCACGGUCCCGGAGCUGACCCAGCAGAUGUGGGACUCCAAGAACAUGAUGUGCGCCGCCGACCCCCGGCACGGCCGGUACCUGACGGCCUCGGCCAUGUUCCGCGGCAAGAUGAGCACCAAGGAGGUGGACGAGCAGAUGAUCAACGUGCAGAACAAGAACUCGUCCUACUUCGUGGAGUGGAUCCCCAACAACGUCAAGUCGAGCGUGUGCGACAUCGCGCCCAGGGGCCUGUCCAUGGCGUCCACCUUCAUCGGCAACUCGACGUCCAUCCAGGAGAUGUUCCGGCGCGUGAGCGAGCAGUUCACGGCCAUGUUCCGGCGCAAGGCCUUCCUGCACUGGUACACGGGCGAGGGCAUGGACGAGAUGGAGUUCACCGAGGCCGAGAGCAACAUGAACGACCUGGUCGCCGAGUACCAGCAGUACCAGGACGCCACCGCCGACGAGGAGGAGGAGCUGUACGAGGACGAGGACGACGCUGACCUCCAGGAGUAGGGGCCAGCGAGGUCUGUUCCGUGGAUCUUCCUUGAUCGUUGCCCGGGGCUAUUUCUGAUGGCUCCAUGUUGCUACUAGUAGUGUGUGUGUUUCGCGCUUGCUGGCCCCCGUCGUCUUCGGGGUGUCGUGGACUUGUUGCUUGUGUAGUUUGUCUGUGUCGGGUUAAUCCGGUAGUCAGUUUGUUGGUGAACUUGAGAUCUUAGUAGCAGGUUUGUAAUAUGUCUGGCUCUGAAUCCUAAUGCAAUGUUUGCUGUUUCUUCA